AUGGGGGAACGUGUAAAAAUAGUCAACGAAUAUCUGACGACAAUUACCUCCAUUCUAUCGUUCUUCGGAACGCUUUUUAUCAUUGUUUCAUAUUUUUUGUGGAAGGACAUUCGAAGCAAGUCCAGACGAAUUUUGGUUUACAUCUCCAUAGCAGACUUUUGUACCGCUGUUGCCACUGUGGCGGCAACUGCAAGUUUUUGGUUGACAGGGUCCGAAACCAAACAAGUAUGUUUUAUCCAAAGCAUUAUCGGAACACUAUCGGUCUUGUGCUCAUUUUUCUGGACAGCAUUUAUGGCCGUGUAUUUGUACUUGAAUGUUUGCAAGAAAACUUCCAGAUUAGCCAACAGAUUACUUUACUUCUUUCACAUGUGUGGAUGGGGUGUUCCUGUUGUAAUUGUAUCUAUCGGUGCAUCAACUAACAAGUUGGGUAACAAUGGUGAUCAAGUCACGUCGGGAUGGUGUUGGGUAAAUAAAAACUUGCCUUGGAAUGAACAAGUCCUAUGGAUGUUUUUGGCUGGAAAAUUGUGGGAAAUAAUGGCCUGCCUCGUUAUAGUUCUUCUUUAUGGCUUAUUAAAACGGAGUAUGACAAAAAAGGUAAGUUAUAAUUCAGUAUGAAAUCUUUGUCGUGCGUGGCAUGGAUCGCUGGGCAAGUUCUGAUUUUUUCUGUUUUAUUCUUGCUUUUGUUUUGUCUUUUAAUAUUUUUCCUCUUGGUGUUUUUGCCCUUUAUUCCUACGGCUGGACCUUUUCCUGAGCUUUGCGAGGUUCUGCCAGACAUUUCUAUAGUUUUUCAUAAUUUUAAUUGGUAGAUCAUUUUUCAUUUUAAAACUUUUUGCAUUGUACAAUGUUGAAUAACACCUCACCUUUGUAGUGCAAUAAAGGCCUCUACUAAAUCUGCCAAUAAGUGAGUCACAUUCUCAACAAUGGAUUCUGACUGUAGUAUUCUUGAAGACCCUUGUUGAGUUAAUUGCUCUGCUCUCAGUUCUCUUUUUGAUGAAAUUUUUGCCCCAUGAAAGGGGAUCUAAGACAGUCUUGGACUCUGGAUUCUACAUCAUGGAUUCCGGAUUCAAGGUACUGGAUUCCAGUCAGUCAGUGAAACGUUACUCUGGAUUCCAAACGUCAGUGGGAUUCUGGAUUCUUUGAGCUGUAUUCUGGAUUCCAAAGCUCAGGAUUCUGCAUUCCAUGAGCAAAAAUUUCUUGGAUUCCAGAUUCCUUAAGCAAAAAUUUUGCAGAUUUGGGAACUGAAAUUACAGUCCACCCUUUUAAUGCAGAUGAUUAAUCAUAAGAUUUGCUCUGACAGAAUUUAGUGUUAAAAUAAUGCCCAUACCUUAAUUGGGAAUGACAUACAUCUUUGUUAUAAUGCAACCUUUUUAUCCUCAGCUAACUAAGAAAGAUGGCCUUUUUACCCGAAGCACCAAAGAACAGGCGCAAAAGGCAGAAAGGAAGUUGAUAUGUGUCCCCUUGAUAUUUGUCAUCUUGCGCAGUUGGGGGACAAUACGGUUUCUUCUUUUGAUUGCAAAAGGCCCCGACUACAAGUCCCAGGUUGAUGAUUGGCUACUAGUUUUACAGGUCAGUAUUAUAAUAUUCUUAUCAAGCAGUUGCAAUCAUAUCAUCAGAGUGUGCACAGCAAGUGAAGCUUGAAAGUUUAGACAUAGGGCCAACAAAAAGGGAACAUUCACCGCUCAUUCACAGUAAACAUGAUCUUCUCCAAGAAUGCACACCUGUAGACCCUAUUGGUUUGAGUUCAUUGGUGGAUUGACAACUUGUCAAUAAUAUUCAGUAAAGUAGAAUCCCCUUAGUUUUUUUUUAAUUCCCAAUAAUAUGAACCAAACCUAACUUCCCUUCACCAGACAAAGACCAUUAUUUUACCCCUGAUAUUUCAAACUUUCCGAUAAUUAGAAGCAAUUUGCUUUUAAUAGGUUGGUUUGAAACAUCAGGAUUCAGCUGUAUGUUCAGGUUCCAAAUUUGCUUCGAAUACACACACUGGAAACUCAAGGAUAUUUGUUUGGUGGUUUGAUAGGUGCAAAUUUUGUACAGAUAUUGAGGGUAACAAAGGUCACAUAGCUUAGAGCAAAUCAUUGCAACUUCAUCAUACCAUCAGGAACUCUAUUGCUGUACAAACAGAGGUGUUGAGAACCUUGGAUAGUAGAUGAAAAGUAUGUCCUCUGUCUUCGCCACCCCCACCUUACAUUAUUUGCUUCUGCCUUAACUUUUUAGUGGGAAUACUGAUUGCUACAUAGGCUGGUGAACCUGAACUGAUCAUAUCGGUAAAGGAACAAUCAAGAUCACUAAAUCUUUUUUGCCUUGAAAAAAUCAAAAGAGCAAGUGAAGUCCCUUUCUACCCCAGGGGCCCCACUUACAUAUUUUAAUGACAGGGGGGUCCGAAGGAUUUUUUUGGGUCUGACAUUUUGGCCAAAAGGGAUUUUUUGGGGUCUAUGAAAGACGCCAGGAUUUUUUGGGGUCGCGAAAACAACAGAGGGAUUUUUUUGGGUAUUGUGUUUUUCAUCAGCUCAAAUCAAAAAUAACGUAAGUGCAAUUUAUAGUUUUGUUUUUGACCAAAACCAAAGUUGAAGUUGAUAUGUUUUAGCAUUCCAGAAGUUAAAUAAUAAAAUUUGCUGAUGCAAAAACACUGAGGGAUUUUUUUGGGUAUGCUAAAAAAAGUAGGGAUUUUUUUGGGGUAGACAAAUUCUGAAGUUGGGAUUUUUUUGGGUAUAAAAUGUGAACCUCUGUCGGACCCUCCCGUCAUUAAAAUAUGUGAGUGGGGCCCCUGGGCUUUCUACCCUGCAGGGUGUCAUUCGUUAACAGGUAUUGGGGGAUGGGGGAUGGGUUCAAGUGUAAUCCUGAGUAGCUAUGAUCAUUGAGCAAAGAGAAUAUAACUAAACACCAGUCUCAGUGAGGUGGGUUAAUCCUAAUUCUGAGGUAGAGGGGAAGGUGGGAAUGUUGUGAAAAUCGUCAUUUAGACUUGAAUUCUGAGAAUUCAAAACUUGGCCAGCCUCUGGAAUGUCUGGUGGGUUCCAUCAAUACUUGACUACUGAUGCAGUAGUAUUAGCAAAACAAUGAAGUAUAAAUCCUAAUACUGUUUAGUCUGUGUGACGUACCACAGGGUCAAACCAUGGAAGCAGUACACUGAUUGGGAGAUGACUGAAUGGAGGCAGUUACUACAAUGAUGACUUGAAUUGGUGUCCUUUUUUAUGUUCGAUUGUUUAUUGCCAAGCUGUUAAUUUGCUCGUACUUGACUGGUUUUGCAUUUUACAGUGUUUGCUUCUACUUUUGUUCAAAUUUUUAAGAAAACUUUAUUUAUUAAGAGUCCCUUAGUCAAAUAUAAAUUAUACAGUAGUCUAUUCAGUGUGGAGCCAAUGUGGCACUCACUUUAGUUUAACUUGAAUGGAAUGCAAAAAUAAAAAGGUAAUAGUUUAGUGUUCUAAAAUGUUAUUGUUUGUUUAUUUUCAGGGUAUAGGAGACAAUGCACCUGGGUUUGCCAACUUUCUUCUUUUCUGCUUCUUCACUGACAAAUUUCUUGGGCGCUUUCACUGGUGGCUGCGAUCUUGUUGUGCAAAGUGUUUUGCAAAAAGCACCCACAGAUGUAGCUCAUUAACUAUUUAUUGUGAAGACACUUCACCAAAGGAACCACUUAUUGGUCAG